CGUGUGUAAAAUCUUAGCAUGUGGGACGUUCUCUUCCUCUUUUCCAGCAUCUGUACAGGUGUUGCAGGUGCUUCAGUUACAGUCAUAGGACACAGAGGAGAGAGAGCAGACAUCAGAUGCACAUAUGAAUCUGGAUAUGAAUCAAAUCCAAAGUAUCUGUGUAAAGGCGAGUGUAUCUUUGGACAGAGAAACAUCAUGGUUAAAUCAGGAUCUCCAGCUGAAGACCAGAGAUUCUCUCUGAGUGACGACACGACGGCCAGAGUUUUCACCGUCACCAUCACUGAUCUGAGAACAGAGGAUGAAGGACAAUACUGGUGUGGAGUGGACAGGACUUUAACUGAUGACUAUUCAGAGAUUGUGUUGCUGGUUAAACAGGCAACACUGUCAUAUUUCAGCAAAACAGAACCAAAUCCACAAUCCAGCAGCAUCACAAUCACAGAAAGAAAAGAAACAAUCACAGAUCAACACAACUCCUCAGCAGGUUCAGUUGUGAUUAUCGUCACU